AUUAUUAACAUUCAAAGUUUUCUUCUUUUCUAUUUUUUUUGGUUAUUUUAGUGAAAGCAAUGGCAAAAGUUGUGGGUUUUCUCCAGGACGUGUUUUUAAAGAUUUUUUAACAAUGGGCUUAAAGAAGUCUUUAAAAGAGUUGGACAAACUGUGUUGGCUUUUCUUGGCCAAGUGGAAUUGUGAACUGAACUAAGCAUAAACCAAGAGCCAGUUAUUUUAGCCAGUAUGCCACACCCUCUUCUUUAAGUCUUUAAGUCUUUUUUUCUUUUUUGUUUCUCUUUUUUCUGUGUGUUUGGUUUAUAUAAUCCUUGAGCCCACCAAGAACGCAAAGACAAUCUUUUCAACAAUUUAAAGUACAAAACAAUCUGUAUCAAGAUCAAGAAAUGUACUUUCUCUUUAAACCCGUUAUGAGAACGCUCUCUCAAUUCUCCAUUUUGGUUCUUUUUCUUAUUUCUUGCACCACCUUCACUCAAACAGAGGCCUACGACGCACUUGACCCUACUGGAAAUAUCACAAUCAAAUGGGAUAUUAUUAACUGGACACCUGAUGGCUAUGUUGCUGUUGUUACAAUGUACAACUUCCAGCAAUAUCGUCACAUUCAAGCACCAGGUUGGACAUUAGGGUGGACAUGGGCAAAGAAGGAGGUAAUAUGGAACAUGGUGGGAGGUCAAACAACGGAGCAGGGAGACUGUUCAAAAUUCAAAGGAAACAUUCCACAUUGCUGUAAGAAAAAUCCAACUGUUGUGGAUUUAUUGCCUGGAACUCCUUACAACCAGCAGAUUGCAAAUUGUUGCAAAGGGGGUGUAAUCAGCUCCUGGGGACAAGAUCCCUCCAAAGCAGUAAGCGCAUUCCAGCUUAGUGUAGGUGCAGCUGGAACCACAAACAAAACAGUCAGGGUACCAAAAAACUUCACCUUGAAGGCACCAGGACCUGGUUAUACAUGUGGUCCAGCAAAAAUUGUUAGACCUAGUAGAUUUUUCACUACUGAUAAAAGGAGAGUCACACAAGCUUUGAUGACAUGGAAUGUUACAUGCACGUAUUCACAAUUCCUGGCACAGAAGACUCCUACUUGCUGUGUUUCACUCUCAUCUUUCUAUAAUAACACGAUUGUUCCCUGCCCAACAUGUGCCUGUGGCUGCCAAAGCAACAGUUCUCUGUCAGGAGGUUGUGUAGAUCCAGAUGCACCCCACUUGGCUUCAGUUGUUUCCGGAUCAGGGAAGAACAGCCCUGCACCUCUUGUCCAAUGCACACGUCAUAUGUGUCCAGUCAGAAUUCAUUGGCAUGUUAAACUUAACUACAGAGAGUACUGGCGGGUUAAGAUCACUAUUACAAAUUUCAAUUACAAUAUGAACUACUCGCAAUGGAACCUAGUUGUCCAACACCCAAAUUUUGACAAUCUGACUCAGAUUUUCAGUUUUAACUACAAAUCAUUGAAUCCUUAUGCAGCUAUAAAUGAUACAGCCAUGCUAUGGGGAGUUCAGUUUUACAAUGAUUUGCUGAUGCAAGCGGGCCCGUCUGGUAAUGUUCAGUCAGAGCUGCUUUUCCAAAAGGAUAAAACUACUUUUACCUUUGAGAAAGGUUGGGCUUUCCCUAGGAGGAUCUAUUUCAAUGGUGAUAACUGUGUCAUGCCACCUCCUGAUGCCUAUCCAUGGUUGCCAAAUGCUGGUUCACGCCAGUUUUCCCCACCUCUCGUACUAACUAUAACUUUGCUCUCUGCAUUGGCUUUCUUAAACUUUUUAGUGUUCCAACCUUAAUCAGCCUAUUCUAGUUUUCUGCUAUGGCAUAAACUCACAAGCUUGCUGCAAACUAAGAUAAUCUGCAACUAAGAUAAUCUGCAAAUUCUGACCAGCUCUUAACCCAGUAUUAAUUGGAAGCCGAUUGAAAAUUUAACUUGUUUGUACAAUGCCAUCCGCCAUUCCGGUUGAAGGUGUUCAACAUUUAGUUAUAUAAUGGCUUCUGUUUAACGUAUUUGUGGGUGAUUUUGUACCAUCUUGUUUCUUGUAGCUCCUGUCUCACAUGCUAUUACUGAACUUUCUCUUCCUUGUAAAUUUCCUCAACACAAUUAGAAUGUAACAAAAUUGAGUGUAAUAAAAAGAACUCAUCUCUCAGAGAAACUGGUGCUAA